CUCCGUGUCUGCCCUCUUUGUUUUUGACGGUAUUCAUUAACUGGUGUUGAUUUGUACAAGAACGCAGUGGUAGCAACCAUAGCACGUUGCGAAAAUGGGUUCGUUGGGUCGGAGGAGCAUGUCCACGGUGGCGAAAGCGGUGGCAGAUAUCACAGGAACCGGCAACACCAAAAUCCGCAAAUCUUCCAGUGAACUCUGCACCUUCCUUGGCAUCCCUAGGCAUUCUCGUUCCGAAAUUGCCCUCAUUCUCUCGAAGUUUAUCAAACUCUACAAUUUCCGGAGUCCUGGUAUUAAGAAGGACAAGAUUUGGGAGCAGAAUUUGCAAAAUUUGUUGCGUGGAAGAAACACUGUUGGUUUUCCUGAGAUUGCCAAGAUACUGUCUCCGGAGUUCAGCCAGGGUGCCAUUAAUAUGAAGGACAAUAACAUGGAUUCUUCGAUGGAUAACACAAAGGGGAAAGGUUCUCAAAAGAAAGGGAAGCCUUCUAAGAAACAAUCCACUCUUUGGGCUUUGUGGUUGCCUCUUGGACUAUCCUUUCUUCCGGCCCAAAACUUCCUUCUUGAUCCCCAUCAUUACCCCUUCCACUAAUAGCAAUCUUGUCCUCAAGAUUCAAGUCAGGAAAUUGGCUCCGUAUGACCACUAUAUCUUCCCAAGUUGUUUCUUCGAUUGGUUUUGCAGCCCACUGUUUCAACCACUGUUUGACUCGUUCACCAUGUUUUACCACCACUCGAGAAGCCAAAACUGUAAUUGGAACCCGUGUAUCAACACCAUCCCCACCCAAGCCUGUAGGUAAUUCAGACUGCACCUUGUAGUUUCCUACUGCUUUUUUUAGCAAGGACACAUGAAACACGGAUGAAUCCGAGUUGUCUCUGGUAAUUUCAAGCGGUAAGCCACAGUUCCUAUGCGACUGAUGAUUUCAAAAGCUCCAUAAUAUCUUGCAGAAAGCUUGGCAUUAUUUCUAGAAAGAACAGAUUUCUGCCUGUGAGGUCUCAGUUUCAGAAACACCCAAUCUCCUAUGUCAAAAUUGCUUUCUGAUUGAUCAUCAUGGUAAGCCGAACUCAUGCUGAG